UCUCUAUCUGACGCCCAUCUACGUACGUUUUGCUUUUCUUUCCGAGGCUUUUAUUUUCAUGGAAAGCUGAGAGACAAAAAUUAAUUAAAAAGUAUUAACUUUAUGGUGUUCUCUGAGAGCACAGAGAGACAAUAAAUAGGGUUAUAAUGGUUAGUUGAGAUGGGAGAAGAAAAAAAACCCGUAGUCCGAGAAGAGUUAUGUUCUUGCAAAAGGAUAGUGAGGCAAAACAUGGGUUUGGUUUCCCUUGUCUCUCUUCAAAUAUCUAUUUCCAUUAAUUGUCUCUUCCUCUUCCAAGUUCCAACAAAGUUCAAGUUAAAAGAAACCAAAUUUGCCCCCUCUAUCUUUCUACCUUCUUGUUAUUGUGGUUCUGGUUUUAUUUGAUCGGUUAAAACCUAAAAGAGAGAGCGAGGGUAAAGGUUUGAGCGUUUUCAAAUAUUAAGCUGCUUUUGAGUCAAAUAAAAGUGUGGUAAAGAAGACAGAAAGAUGAAAUUCAUGAAACUAGGGUCUAAGCCUGAUACAUUUCAAUGUGAUGGCAACUUCCACAAGUACGCAGUUUCGGAUCUAGACAGCGAUGUUACCGUCAAUGUCGGAGAGUUUACAUUUUACCUCCACAAGUUCCCGCUGCUAUCAAAGAGCAACCGGAUGCAGAGACUUGUUUCUCAAGCGAGUGAGGAAAAGACCGAUGAGAUCACUAUACCAGACAUCCCUGGAGGACAUAAAGCGUUUGAGAUCUGUGCUAAGUUUUCCUACGGGAUAACUGUCACGCUCAACCCUAACAACAUAACCUCUGUGCGAUGUGCAGCUGAGUAUCUUGAAAUGACUGAAGACGUUGACCGCAGUAACCUCAUAUACAAGAUAGAGGUUUUCCUCAACUCAGGCAUAUUCAGAAGCUGGAAAGACUCGAUCAUUAUGCUUCGGACAACCAAGUCUCUUCUUCCAUGGUCUGAAGAUCUGAAGCUUGUUGGUAGAUGCAUAGAUUCUAUUUCAGCUAAGAUCAUGGUGAACCCUGAGAUGUUUACUUGGUCUUACACAAACAACAGGAAGUUAUCUGGAGCUGACAAGAUUGUCGAGUAUCAUCAGGAGAAUGUGAUUCCGAAAGAUUGGUGGGUUGAAGAUGUAUGUGAACUCGAGAUUGAUCUGUUCAAGCAGGUAAUGACAGCUGUGAAAUGUAAUGGAAGGAUGAACAAUGAGGUAGUUGGGGAAGCUCUUAGGUACUAUGUUGCAAGGUGGCUACCUGAAUCUAUGGAGUCUUCUUUGAACAAACAUCUGGUUGAGACGAUUGUUUUCUUGCUGCCGAGGGUGAACAGAGCGAUGAGCUACUCUACUUGCAGCUUCUUGCUGAAACUGCUUAAAGUCUCGAACUUGGUUGGUGCUGAUGAGGUUGUAAAAGAAGAUUUGGUAGAAAACGUGAGCCUCAAGCUACACGAGGCCUCUGUUAAAGAUCUGUUAUUACAUGAAGCUGAGUUGGUUUGUCGGAUUGUCGAUAAGUUCAUGGCGGAUGAGAAACGUGCCUCGGAAGAUGAUCGUUACAAGGAGUUUGUUUUAGGAAACGGGAGUUUGAUGAGAGUAGGGAGAUUGAUAGACGCGUAUCUCGCAAGUAACCGUGAUCUUACACUGUCUAGGUUUAUUGAGUUGUCUGAACUGAUCCCGGAAUCGGCUAGACCAAUUCACGAUGGUCUUUACAAAGCCAUUGACAGUUUCUUAAAGGAACAUCCGGAGCUAACGAAACUUGAGAAGAAGAGACUUUGCGGGUUAAUGAAUGUGAGGAAGCUGACGAGCGAGGCAUCGACACAUGCGGCACAGAACGAGAGGCUUCCGUUACGAGUGGUGGUGCAAGUUCUCUACUUCGAGCAGCUUCGAGCUAAUCACCACAGCCCUGUUGGUUCUGUUGCAGCUUCCUCGCAGUCGCCGCUGGUGAAGAAUACGGAGGAGAGAACAGUCGUUGUCGUCGAAGAAGGGGCGAAGAAGGUGGAGCUGAGCAAGAAAAGCAGAGGAAGUAAGAGCACGAGGAGUGGUGGUGGAGGACCCAAGCUGAUGCCGUCGAGGUCAAGGAGGAUCUUUGAGAAGAUAUGGCCGGGGAAAGGUGAGAGUGCUAACAAGAGCUUUGAGGUAUUAUCGUCUGGUAGCUCGCAGAGUCCGCCGGCGAAGUCUUCGAGCUCGUCGUCGCGGCGGUGCCGGAGACAUUCAGUAUCAUAAAUGGUCUUAUUAUUAAACGUUUGGAAAAAAAAACAAAUGUGUAAAGAGUUAAGGUAUUAUUAUGGUCAUAAGACUCAAAUUAUCGACAUUAACAACCUUAGAUUAUGUCAGAUUAUGCUAAUAUAAAUGUCACUACGUGUUUAUUAUUUGUAUGAAACAAGAACAAAAUGCAAUCACAAAGUAAUGAUCCUUCUUUUGUUA